UGAAUUUGUAGAUGAACAACAAACUGGUAUAUACAGAACAGGAAAAAAUCUUGCUAGCCGAGCUCGUUAAAGAAAACAGUAGGAUUAUUGAAAAUAAAAGGACAGAUGGGGCAACAGUGGGUGACAAAAAUAAGGCCUGGGAAUUAUUAGCCAGCAGCUAUGAAUUCCCAGCCCAACAUAUUUGUUUUGCGAAGCGUAGAUCAACUUAAAAAAUUAUGGUCGAACUUGAAGCAAAGAAAACGAAAACAGUCUACAGAACUACGGCACAGCAUGCUGGCUACUGGGGGUGGUCCACCAAAAAAGCCAGCAUUUGAUCCAGUCCUUCAAGUUGUGGAAGAGGCUGUCCCAAAUUUAGAUGUUGUGGCUAGCUGUCCUUUUGAUAGUACUGCUGUGUUUGAACGAGUUAGCCCUCCUACUGUAGGUAGAUUGCCACACAAUGAUACAAAAUUUGCAGAAUCAGUGCUAAUUGAAAAGCUUUGGACUCGGAAGCUUACCCAAUCUAUUCAUCAAGAGAAAGAACUUUUUCUUCUGAAAAAAAGGGUGGCUGAAGAAGAGCUGGGUAAAAUAUCCGAAGAGCGGGAAUUGGUAAAAGUAAAGAUGUAGUUGGAAAUUAAAACGGCAAAACAUGAAGAAAAAUUGGCCGAAUUGAAGCUUGAAGUUUACAAAACAAUGAUGGAUCACUGGAACAUUAAAGUUGUCCAAAGGUUGGCGUAUGUAGUUGGAAGUCAUCCUCGCUACCAUGGAACUUUUAUUCAAACUGUUUUACUUCUGAUUGCACUUGGAUCAAUUGCUACUACUACAAGUCUGGUUAUCGCGCUGUUUAUCUAUGAAGAAAAUUUAAAAUUGUUAGAUUUUACAGAAGGCAUGCAGGCUUUGAUGUUUUGCCUACAUAUUUUGAUUAAACUUCUGUGGUUUUGCAAACAGCAUGAUAAAAUAAUCGAUUUACUAAAAGUUAGCAAACAAUUUUGGAAUGUCGAUGAACUGAUAGAGGAAGAUGAGAAAAAACAAAUUUUGAAGUAUUUGUGGUAUCUGAAAACUAUCAUGGGAUAUUUUUUAGCGUUUGCCGUACCGACGUCUUUAAUGAUUAUAUUGAGGCCGUUACUGCAACAAGGGACAUUACCGUUUAAAAGCUAUAUACCAGAAAACAAAUAUUAUUAUUAUCCAAUAGUUGUAGUUGAGCAAUAUACGAUGGUCGUCAUAUAUUGCGGUUGUAUUUCAUUUGAUGCCUUUUUCGGAUCAACAAUAGUUUUGAUGGCCAUUCAGUUUAAAAUGUUAAACAAAGAAAUUCAAAGGGUGUUAGCCAGUACACCUUUAAAUGAAAAAGAUCAACUAUUAGUACGAAAGAAAUUAAAAAGAUGUAUAGAACAUCACAAUUUUUUGCUAAAUUUUGUUAAAAAGAUUAACAAUACUAUAUCUCUUGGACUGCUUUUAUAUAUUGGAGUUAUUAUACUAUCAAAUUGUGUGGAAUUUUUCGCUAUUGUAAGUGGUCAACCAAUUAAUGAAUUUGUCAAAAGUCUAUUCUACAUUAUAAGCCUGACUAAUCAAUUUGUGGCUUACUAUAUAGUUCCUGGGCAACUUCUUACGGCAGAGGCAGAAAAAAUGGAGAAAGUAGCUUUUGAAAGCCAAUGGUAUAGAAAUUUAAAAUUCAAUAAACCAAUCAUUAAUAUGAUCAGCUGUAUGGGCCAGAGAAAAGUUCAUGUUCAUGCUUUUAAUGUUAUAAAUUUGAGUUUCGCGAGCGGACUACAGGCAUACAAAACAAUAAUUUCAUAUUAUAUGUUUUUAAGAACAAUGAAUAGAGAUAGAAGUUGAGAACUGCAUCCAAAACAUAAAUUGUUCAAAUUUCGCACAAGUGAAAAUAUAAGGAUUAGUUUGAAAAUAUACAAACACAUUUAAUGUACCUA